AUGGCAAACCAAGUCUCUCUCAUGACAUACUUGCAACAAGCCUUACCUGCAAUUCCAACAAACCAACCUCCAAACCCAGGACACAAUACUACAAACACACUUUAUGGAGCUGCAGACAUCAAUAACAUUGGCCGUUGGAAUAAUUUUAACUUAACAACGGUGCUUCAACGUUACCAGAAUGUCCUGUUUCAGGCACACCUUCCAUCAGAUCCCAUGCCAAUUUCACCUCCACGUGCUAUCACUGCCGAGAACGCACUCAGAAGCAAGCUCUCAGAGUACCUGCUACCAAGAGUCCGACGUGGACUUCGUGCUGGUUUUGGCUAUCUAGCUGCCAAUGGUCAGAUGAGUGGCAUUACAGCUCUGUCAUUCGACGUUGGAGAGUAUGCAGAGAUUAUCGACGGAUUCAAGCCAGACACAGCGUACUUUGUUGUUAGUCUUCCGGAAGGCUCAGGUCCAAACCGUGCUCCAGGAGAUAUAAAGCCGUCUUGGAAAUGGAACACUGCUAUGGCAACACAUCCUGUCGCUGGAGUUCGAAAUGAGUAUCGGCAGGCGUUGAGUCAAGUCAAUUGGUAUAUGAAACAACACCGCUCUCGAUAUGGCUUUCUUGGCACAGAUCGUGAAUUCGUCGUGUUUCGGCGGUUGGACGACGAUGGUAAUCUAGAACUCGCCGAACCGAUUCCAUUCACUGCAGGUGGUACAGACGCACAGCCGCAAAUGACUGUUUCGUUGGCUCUAUGGUAUCUUGGAAUGCUUGCCGCCAAAGAUCAGGGGGAUGAAUGCUGGUUUAUCUGA